AUGGACCCAAUCACCAAUUUCUUGGAAAGCAGCAAACUCCCCAGUGACGAGAAGUUGGCAAACACGAUAAAGCGAGAGGCGGCCAAGUAUGCGAUCAUACAAGGUCAGUUGUUUAAGAAAGGGCUUAGCCAACCCCUGUUAAAGUGCCUGCGUCCCGACCAAAUGGACUACGUGCUUAGAGAAGUCCACGAAGGAUGUUGUGGUCACCACAUCGAGGGAAAGGCCUUAGCCAGAAAGCUCGUUAGAGCCGAUUAUUACUGGCCCUCUAUGAUGUCGGAUUCUAAGGAAUUCGGCCUCAAAAAGCGACUUGACCAGAAAAAGGGAGCAUGGACAGACGAGUUGGCCUCGGUCAUCUGUUCCUAUCGCACAACUCAGCAAUCGUCUACCGAGGAGACCCCCUUUCGACUCACAUAUGGGGUAGAUGCCAUAAUACCCGUGGAGAUCGGUGAAUCGAGCCCACGGCUACUCUUGGGAGGAGUCGAAGAAGCCGUAGAAAAGGACUUGAUAGACGAGGCUAGGGAGAUAGCCCACUUAUCGGAGACGGCGUUGAAGCAGAGGAUAGCCCUUCGUUACAACGCCAAAGUACUCAGGAGAGAGUUUGAGCAGAGCGACCUGGUCUUGCAACGUAACGAUGUUGGACUACCGACACCUGGGGAAGGAAAGCUGGCGGCGAAUUGGGAAGGCCCAUACAGGGUGAAGGAGGUGCUCGGCAACGGCGCCUACAAACUGGAACGGCUUGAUGGCAAAGAAGUGCCGAGGACUUGGAACGUGAGCAAGCGUUCUACUGGUUCAAUCGAUUGA